UUUCGUCACGUAACCAUCGGAAUUUGCUAAACAGUCACGCAUGUGUGAGUUGUGACCGUUACACUUGGUAUCGGCUGUUACAAUAGCACAUUUCCCACACAAAGACAGUGGUAAAAUCACACAACUACCCAGGAAAUUGUGGAAAAGUAGGUGAGAUUGUAGUCAAAGUAGAAGGGAAAGCAAUGUCUGAAGAAGAGGAGAACCCUAAUGCCCACUGGGUUGAGUCACUCUUUCCUCCUGCUUAUGGAGUGACACUGAACGAGGUCUUGGAGGGGAGAAUGCCAGAUGAUGAGGAGCAUGAAUCCAGGAGGGUUCAGAGGGUGUCUGCUUACAAUCCUGAAGCUAUUCAAAAUGUCUAUGAAAAGGUCCGCAUGACUAUGGCUCUCGGGAAAGAGAUUAAGAAACAAAAUCAGCAGUCAAGUAAAGGAACUAGAGAUGUUUCACAAUCCAGUAACAACCGGUCUCCAGAACAAGGCACCACGGACAGAAUGGAGAAGCAUGUUGAUCUGAGUCAUUCUUGUAUUUGGGACACAGAGGAGAUAUCUGUGCUACGCAAAGUGUACAAGGCAGCCAAAGAGGAAAUAACUCAGUUAAAAGUCAGGAUUCAUGAAAUAGAGGAUAGAAAUAAGAAGCUGGAGCAAAGGGCAGUAACUCUUGAGACUCAACUUCAGGACAAGACAUCCAAGCACACCGAGGCCAAGAAGGCAAAUCGCCGACUGAAAAUUCACUGUGAUACGCUUCAGGAAGAAGUGGGAAAAGCUACAGCCAAAGUUAAAAUGCUUCAUGAAAUGUACGAAGAAGCUAAAAAGGAAAGGGCUCGUUAUAUGAUGGAAGCUCAUGAGGCCCGGGUGGAUCUGGACAAGGAAAGGCUGAAGAGAAAGGCUUUACAGGUGCAGUUCAGUAGUCAGAAUCAGAAAUUUGCUGUAGAUAAAGUCCUGGCAGAAGAAAACAUCAGGCUAUCUUAUGAACAAGAAAUGGCCAAUUUACAAAAAAGACUGGAAACUGUCUCCACUGAUUUGGAAUGUGAAAGAAACCAACAUUCUGUGACCAAGAAAGGACUGGAGCAAUUACAGAAACAUUUUUCCUCUUUACCUUAUCAGGCAGGAGGCUUUCCUAAUGCUGUAAGCAAGGACGAGAUCAAACGAUUUCAGUAUUAGAACUUAUGUGUUGGAUGGGUGUCCAAUAUAGGUAGCAUGCAUGUUGAUUUACAAAUGUGGGAUUUUUUUAUGACAUAUGUAAGGCCGAAAGCAUAGGAGUCAAAUAACUAUAGUUAUAUGGGUUUUGCCAUGGUGUGAGGAUUGUUAUUCCUCUCUUCCUCAUAUAGGAAAAUUGGUAUGCAUAUAAUGAAGUAUAAAUAUUCGAUGCAUAACUGGAGAAUAAACUUGUUCCAUGGGAUACCGAAAGUUAUUUUGUGAUUUUUCCAGUAGUGAGGAAAUCUAUUUGUAGAUGUAUGAGUAUUUCCUUGACACACACAUCUGCUCUAAAUCACAACUGAGUUUGCUAAUUGUUGUAAGGAGAUGGUUAUGGCUAAGUGGUUAAAACGGUUGUUUUUGAAUUACUUGACUCACAAGAUGCGGGUUCAAUCCUGGCUGUGGACAGCCAAUUUGUAGAAUCUCUUCUCAUCCUGCAUACUUGUAAUAGUUAGCGGCUGUUUGAAUUGCCUUUCCCUAGCAUGGUGUACAUAUCAGUAUAUUACAUACGAGAAACAUUAUCAGUAACUUUACAGCUCUUAUGCCAAAAACUAUGCUUUUUCUCCAGACUCUCCAGUUUUUUGCACCAGAAUUAUUUCAGCAUCAUUUGAUGAUACUAAGAACUAGUAUAGUAAUCAGUCUUAUUAAACGUCUUAAACCUUCUUUGAUUUAUAGAAAUACAUGCAACUCAUACCUGACCGGUGAAAACUGAUAACAUGGUAGUGCUUUAGAUUGUCUUGUGCACUAUUUUGCUUACAUUGAAACAGUGAAAUCUCUGUCGCUGUUUAAAUUGAUUAUGAUAUUUUAUGUAUGUGACGUGAACAUUAUGGUUGUAAACUGAAUGACAAGAUGAAAAUUGGCCCAAAGGACAAGGUCAUGCAGAAAUUUUGGGUGAAAAUGGCUUUGUUCAUAUUUCCUCAGUUUUCUGUCCUUUUGCCUAUUUCAUGUGCGUGGUCAGUGUGUUUCUUUAUUUCAUAUCUGUGACAUUGACCUGGUUAGUUUGUAUCAUGCAUGUCAUUCUGAGGUUACAGUUUCAAGGUAACUCAUGCUUGGUAUUGCCGAAUGUUUUAAAUUUCAUGGAACUGGGUAUGAAUCAUCUAUACACCAAGGUUGCAAUCGGACUGACUUUCUGACGAACAUUUGUCUAAAGGUCACGGUCAUGCAGAAGUGAAAAAAAUCUGAGGACUGCUUUAGUGUUUGCCAUUCGCAAAGACAUUUUCUAGUUUUGCAUCUAUAUAUAUUCUUGGUUCACUGUAGUGAGAAGUUGUUAGAACCAUGGUAAAUGGUCAGCUACAUUUGAACAGUAUACAUGCAUCUACAGAUGAUGUAUCAUAACAUAUAUUUAACGUCAUUUGUAACUAUCUUCAUGCUAUACCUGUAUGUGCACAUACAUGUAUGUUAAAACUGCAGUGUGAAACCAGCCAAAUGUUGAAGAAGCAGGAAUUUAUUUUUAUACCAUAUACAUAAAUGCAGAAUGACAUUAAACUUCAUACAUAUACUUUUUGUCAGUGUUCACAUGUAUAAGUCUCAUUUAAAUGUAGAAGACAUAUUACAGUGCGUUUUAAGUAUAUCCUUGGAGAAAAAUACAGGGCCAGGUUGUUUAAAAAUGUCUUAAAGUAAAGCCAGGCUUGCUUUAUGUCUUAAUACGAGUCUUAUCCUAAUACAAAAUCAAUGCCGCUUUAGUCUGGUUAAUACAGGGUUUAAGUCCUAAUACUGUUUUGAACAACUGAGCCCUAGACUAUAUAUGUACAUGGAUAUCAGAAUGGAGUGUUUGUUAACAUUCAUUUCAUCACACGUCAGUUCUGUAAA